CUUGAUCUUCCCUUCUUGCGGUGAUGCCAGCCAAUUUGCACUCCUUCUUCUUUCUUGUGUCUUUCUUUCCUUUCUAAUAAUAGCUCCAAGUACUACAUGUAGUAGUGAGGACAGAGAACAGGAUGAGAUUCAAGGCCAAGCUCGCUCCCGAACAAGUAUCUCUGCUUUCUUCACUGGUGGGCUCCAUGAGGCGCUUGUAUGAAGGAUCGUCAUCGGAAUCCAACAAAGUUGCAUCCGGCCAAGGCUAUCUCACGGGAGGGUCCAUUCUCAAAGUGGAUUCCAAAAAGGUUCUAAUUUCAACAUCUGGAAAAGGUGACGCCGAUGGAGUGGCAUUCUAUUGUGAAUUGACCACUCGGGAUGGAAUCUUUCUAGAACAUCGAAUCGAUUCAGCGGCACCCGACAAUGCCAUUGCCAUGGAAAUUGGACUGGGGGAAUUCCGGGUGGCGCUAAGAUCCAUUGUCGCCAAUCUCGAAACUAACAAUGGGUUUCAUGCGUCAGGGGAAGACGCUAUGAAAAUUUCUACCAACAAUGGACGCCAUACCACAACUGUCCUUAAAUUGGCCAAACGAGAGGGCGUGCCCUGUCUAUGCGUCGAGACUCUCACUCGUGAUGGAGUCGUCACACUGUCACAUGCCAUUCCAGUCAGAGUCAUGCGAGUGGAUGAAGUAGACAUUGCUCCGCCUUACGUCAGUGUCGAAGAUUUCCACUCAGGAGUACCAAUCGGUGUGGACCGAAAUCUGAGAUUCAUACUAGAAAGGCUCCAAGGAGAUUGUCCCCAUGUUUGUCUAGAGACAUCUGCUGCAGGGGAACUGACAUUGAAAUCGGAUGGGGACGGCAGCUGCUCCGUGCGCACAUUCUUUGGAAAAACAAAAUCACGACAUGGCAACUCGGGAGGCAGUCGGGAACCCUGCAAAAUCAAGGUCGAUACCAAAAUACUCGUCAGUUGUUUGCAGUGGCAACAGUCUGGGAUAGUAUCACACGUCUCCAGUGCGCUGCUAUGCUUUGCAGAGGAUGAAAUGCUAGUGGUUCAUGUGGCUCUCAGUCCUUCCAGUUUGGGAUUCUUCACUUACAGCUUGCCCAUUCAUUUCCUCUCGGAUGAAGACUUGUAAAAUCUCUACUAGACAACUAUAGCUAACCAGAUGGAUACGGUAGAUACCCCCAUACCGUAUUUUACUUUUAAUUCUGCAAGCAAAAGGAUAUACAAAAACCCAAACGCACAAGAAGGUGGUUGAAAGUUUGGAGUGUCUCAUCACUCACUUGGUCCCACCCGGUACGAUGUACGACUGUAUGGUACCAUAGUACCGGUACCGGUACUAGUAGCCAGCUAUUAAUAGUAUUGCUGGCUUUUAUCUUAGAGUAAUUAAGACGACCUUUCUUUGAUAAGCCUUUGAGUCAGUGCUGACGCGGGGUAUUUAAUAGUC